AUGCUACUGCGCAUGCGCAAAGACUACGUGCUGCCAGAGGAAAUAUAUUUUCGAUGGGCUAAUAUCUCUGGCUACUUCUUCGAACAGAAGAUGAUUGGAAAUAAGCUGACAAGAGACACGCUCUCCACUCGUCGUUGUUAUUUGCCUGCACCAAACUUACCUAUUGUCGAUACAGAUCCUCCCUCAAAACUUGUUGAGACUGUAGUUGAGCAUGAUGCUUUUCCUCCUCUUAUGCAUCCAAAUACAGGCUACACAAAAUCAGUGCCAUACAGGGUACAACUUUUUACUGAGGGAUGCUAUGAAUAUUUUACACCAAGUGAGUCAAUUGGAAGUUGUUAUACCCCUUCAGCAAGGAAGCUUAGGAUCCAGUGUUUACGUCCUCGGCGGAAGUUACUUCACCAACUUCCCCUUGAUGAGCAUGGCAGAUUGAUGUAUCCCCCUAAAAUAGCACGGGUGAAUAAGAUGUCCAAAGCUAUUGUCGAAGCUCCUGGGACAAUCAGUCUAGAGGCAUUGAUACAAGCCAGUAAUGCUCCAGCUAAGAAGAAAAGACCAAAGAAAGAUUACCGUGUAAUUUUACAACAAGCUGCUGUACAAAAUUGGAGCAAGCGAGAUGACGAAUUGCGUCGACAGACAGAAAUACUGACUCUGCGGCAGGCAGAGGUGCCCAUCCAUCCUGACGAACAACUGAGAAUACUCAGGGAAGCGGUGGAGGAAGAGCAGCAGCUGCAGCUGGUGCGGGACCAGGACAUGCAGAGGAUCAACUACUACAUGACACAGGGCAUAACAGAUGAUAUGAUUGAACAGUUCCCAGAAAUUUUUUUGAGAGAAGCAAAGAAGAGGAUACCUAACAAGUACUUGAGCAAAGAAGAGUUCCAACAUAUUAUAGAAGAGUGCGAAUCAGAUAUAUUGUUGAAUUACAACAGAAGUUUACGUCAAGCCAUUAUUGAAUACAUUCUCCAUGACCCACAAGAGAAAAUUCGUCUCAAAAUAGAGACAUACCCUCUGCAGUAUCCAAGAAAGGUGAUACGGUCACCUGUUCCAUGGCAUACGUCUUGCAUUAUUGCACGUCAGUUCAUGUCCAAAAAACUUUUUGUGGGGCAUCCAGUAUUUGUUUCUCUGCAGGAAUUGUGGAAUACGGGGUACCAUCAAAUGUUUAUUGUCUCAGUUACACGAAUGGAAGAAAAGCAUCAAUUUCCCCUCAAUCCAGGCGAACUGGAGGCAGUCGUGGACAGUUUGUGUGCAGAGUCACUCAACAUUUUAAAGAACAGAUGGUUGAUCCAGUGUGCUGAGAUCCUUCUGCACCUUCGUGAUAGUUGGCGGCAGCUUGUACCAGAGCAUGCUGGGGAGUCGCUGCAGUUAGUUCAAAAAUUUUUCAACAGCAUUUCCAGCCUUAUGUCCAAACAAUUGCAUGAGCUAGUUAUGCGAUCACUGAACCACAUUCUGGAACUUAUAAUGCAGUUCGAGGCGGGCAACAAUUACGUAGAAGACUAUCAAGAUGAUUAUUUCUGGAAGAUACCUUUAAUUACAGUGGAAGUUGAACCAGUAUUAGGAUCCUCUGAACUGCGUUUCUCACCGACACUUCAAGAUUUAAGAUCACUUAUUCACAGAAUCUUCAGCAAAGUUAUUGCUGUUAACUCCCAUAUUCCCCGUCUCGAAACUGUAGUUUUUCGUGAAAUGAGAAAUGAAGAAACAUAUCUUAAACCAGUGUAUGAAGAAGAGGAUCGUGUGCAACAGAUUCUUUCAAAAGCUCUCUCAAGUUUUGAUAAAAAUUCUGUUGGUCCACAGAAGUAUCUUGUUACAUAUGACCCGUACAUGCAUCUUUUAAAUGGGGAAGCUGGUGAGGAGUUAGCAGAUUUUUUUAAAUCUGAUCCAUUUCCUACACUCAAGGAUUUUACUAAAAAAAUUGAGAAUUAUGAAAAAAUUAGAGAGAGUUCUAUUUUUCUUCGGAGAAAUGUUUUGCUCCAUCUGAUAUUACUGGACUGUAAUAAGAUCAAUGACACAUUAUAUAAACAAGUUGAUGACUUACGAAGUUUUAUUGUGGAUUAUCAUGUAAAUAAAAAUAGGACUCACAAUAAAGGAAUAUGUGCUGUUUUUGAUGAGAUGUCUGAUAGAGUCCGAGAAAUGCCAAAGACAACAGCAGAAUUAGUAGAGCUAAAUAACUACAUAAUUGAGUGCAGAGAUGUUACGAUGUUUAAUUUGAAAGAGCAGAUUCGUAUAUCAGCAGAGAAUGUACUCUUUCUGAUGGAUCAUGCUAUUCUUUCAGUGGAUGACAUUGACUUAAAUGGGCGAGUAUUCCUUUGGCCUGAUGAUAUGGAGUCAGUUUUAGAACUAAGUCUGACGAGGCUGGCUCACCGUCGCGAAGAGGUAGAAACUGCUCUUCGUGCUAAGACAGCUGAGCUGGAAGCCAAGUUGCUGAUACAUGCAAAAGACUUAGAAGUGUUCAAGAAGAAAGAUCCUCCAAUACUGACAAUGGAAGAAAUGACUGAAAGUGUCGAACAGGUUGAAGCACUUGUUGCAUUACUAAAGGAAGAUAAAGAUGAAGCAGAUGCUAUUAAUGCAGAGGAAGAGCUGUUGGAGAUAGUUUUGUCUCCAUUUACAGUCCUUCAGCAAAUGCUUGCUGUUACUGAUCCUCUGGAUAAACUGUGGCACACAGCAUUAGAAUUUCAUGAAUUAUAUGAAAAAUGGUACUACGGUCCAUUCUUGCAAUUGGAUGCAGAUUCAAUAACAGAAAAGGUUGAUGAAAUGUGGCGUCUGCUGUACAAGUUAGCCAAAACAUUAUAUGACUUACGUGGAGCUAAACGAGUGGCAGAGAUGGUGCGAGCCAAAGUUGAAAAAUUUAAACAAUUUCUUCCCGUUCUUUCAACAAUAUGCAACAAAGGAAUUCGAGAAAGACACUGGAAACAGAUGAGUGACAUUGUUGGCAUUCCUCUGAGACCAACUGAAGAAACUUCAUUGUCAGACAUGAUCGAUGUUGGCCUUCUGAAGCAUGUGGAGAAACUUGAAGAGAUAGGGGUUGCUGCUACCAAAGAAUUUUCUCUUGAAAACAAUUUACAGAAGAUGAAAGAGGAGUGGGAUGACAUAGAAUUUGAGUGCAUUCCAUACAGGGAAACAGGGGUGGCAAUUUUAUCAGCUGUUGAUGACAUACAAGUGAUGCUUGAUGAUCACAUUCUGAAAGCACAGACCAUGAGAGGUUCUCCGUAUGUUAAAGCUUUUGAAGAAGAUAUGCAGAAAUGGGAAGCUAAACUCAUAUCUAUGCAAGAUAUACUUGAUGCCUGGCUUCAGUGUCAGGCAACUUGGCUUUAUCUUGAGCCUAUAUUCAGCUCUGAAGACAUUAUGCGCCAAAUGCCAGAAGAAGCAAGGAAGUUUAAGAAAGUUGACAAGACAUGGCGAGCUAUAAUGGCAAAUACUCUUCUUGAUAAACAUGUGCUAAUAGCCACAGAUUUCCCAGAUAUGCUGACACUCCUGAGAGAGAACAAUCAGUUGCUUGAUGAAAUACAAAAAGGGCUUAAUGACUAUCUUGAGCAGAAGAGGCUGUACUUUGCAAGAUUCUUCUUUCUUUCAAAUGAUGAACUCCUUGAAAUUUUAUCUGAAACAAAAGACCCUUUGCGGGUGCAGCCUCACUUGAAAAAAUGUUUUGAGGGCAUCAGUUCAUUACAGUUUACUCCAGAAGAGGAGGUGGUUGGCAUGAUAUCAGCAGAGAAAGAAGUUGUUCCUUUGAGUGGAGUAAUAAUUCCUUCAGAGGCUAAGGGUAUGGUUGAGAAAUGGUUAAUUCAGGUGCAGAUAUUGAUGAUUCAGUCUCUUAAAGAUAUUGCUAUGCAAGCUGUUUUAGCAUACACUUCUACCCCCAGAUCAUCAUGGGUACUAAACUGGCCAGGUCAAAUUGUUAUAUGUGGCAGCUGCAUUCACUGGACUACAGAAGUGUCUGCCUCAAUUCAAAACAGCAAACUCAGAGAUUACAAAAUAAAGAGUGAUCGACAGAUAGAAGAAAUGGUUGGUGUUGUUCGAGGGAAACUGAAACCUGGAGCAAGAGUCACAAUUUGUGCCCUCAUUGUAAUUGACGUCCAUGCUCGAGAUACUGUGGCACAGCUGGAGAAAUUGAAAAUAUCCUCUCUUCAGGAUUUUAGUUGGAUUAGUCAGCUUCGUUACUAUUGGCGUGAUGGCACUGUAUAUGUUUCUAUGAUUACAACGGAAGUUGAAUAUGGAUUUGAAUACCUGGGUAAUACUCCACGACUUGUCAUCACUCCUCUAACUGAUCGAUGUUACAGAACUCUUAUGGGUGCCCUAAAGCUGAAUUUGGGAGGUGCACCAGAGGGCCCUGCUGGUACUGGCAAGACGGAGACAACUAAGGAUCUUGCAAAAGCCGUGGCCAAACAGUGUGUUGUGUUCAAUUGCUCGGAUGGGUUGGAUUACAAGGCAAUGGGAAAGUUUUUUAAGGGUUUGGCACAAGCAGGAGCAUGGGCAUGUUUUGAUGAAUUCAACCGUAUAGAACUGGAGGUGUUGUCUGUUGUGGCUCAGCAGAUUCACAGCAUUCAAAUGGCAAUUACUCAGAAGGUAGAGCGUUUUAUAUUUGAAGGAUCUGAACUUUCCUUGGAUCCAACAUGUUCCAUUUUUAUAACAAUGAAUCCAGGGUAUGCAGGACGCCAGGAGCUACCAGACAAUCUCAAAGUUUUGUUCCGGACAGUUGCCAUGAUGGUGCCUGAUUAUGCUAUGAUUGGUGAAAUCUCAUUAUAUUCCACAGGAUUUGUGGAUGCCAGAAGUUUAGCAGAGAAAAUAGUACACACAUACAAACUGUGCUCUGAGCAGCUGUCUUCGCAACACCACUACGACUAUGGCAUGAGAGCUGUUAAAACUGUGCUGACAGCUGCUGGAAACCUCAAACUGAAAUAUACAACUCAAGAUGAAGCAGUCUUGGUAUUAAGAGCAAUUGUAGAUGUCAACCUGCCUAAAUUCUUAGCACAGGAUGUACCUCUGUUUGAAGGGAUAGUAUCUGAUCUCUUUCCUGGGGUGGAACUUCCUAAACCUGAUCGUGAUGAACUUAUCGAAGUUCUGAAGACAAAUCUUGCAAAGCGAAAUCUGCAAGCUACAGAUUGGUAUAUGGAAAAAAUCAUACAGAUAUACGAGAUGAUUUUGGUUCGACAUGGGCUAAUGAUUGUUGGUGAACCUAUGGGAGGAAAAACCUGUGCAUACCAGACACUUGCAGAAUCUUUGACCGAUAUUGCAAAUAAUCGAAAGUCAGUGAUGGAAGAGUAUAGAGCACAUUACAGAAUAAUUAACCCAAAGGCAAUAACAAUGGGGCAGUUGUAUGGUUGCUUCGAUCCUGUUUCUCAUGAAUGGUCAGAUGGUGUGUUGGCUAAUACUUUUCGAGAGUUUGCAUCUGCAACAACACCUGACAGGAAAUGGAUCAUGUUUGACGGCCCAGUUGAUGCUGUGUGGAUAGAGAACAUGAAUACUGUACUCGAUGACAAUAAGAAGUUGUGCCUUAUGUCAGGUGAAAUCAUUCAGAUGACAAACAAAAUGAACCUGAUUUUUGAACCUGCCGACUUGGAACAGGCAUCUCCUGCAACUGUUUCCCGGUGUGGAAUGAUAUACUUAGAACCACAUCAGCUGGGAUGGCGUGCUUUGCUAGCAUCGUACGAAAAUGUUUUACGUGAAAAACUCCUGGAUGUGCAAUUAGAACUGUUGGAUGAACUCAUUGAUUGGCUUGUGCCACCCAUCUUAAGUUUCCUUCAUGAAUCAUGCCAACUGUUUAUCGAAACAAGUGAACUACACCUUUUUCAUUCAUUUUCAAGAUUAUUCAGCAGCUUGUUAGAAGGAGAACAAAAAGUGAGCACUCAAUGGUUACAGUGUAUUUUUCUCUUUAGCCUGGUGUGGGGAUUUGCAUCUACAUUGAAAGGAAGCAGCCGUGCAGCUUUUGAUUCAUUUUAUCGGAGUUUAUUAUAUGGAUCAAAUCAGGAUCAUCCUAAACCUAAAUCAUUCAAACUCACUCGACAGCAACUGUUUCCUGAGCGAGAAAUGGUUUUUGAGUGGGUGUAUGACAAAAAAAAUAAUGGAAGCUGGGUGCUCUGGAUUGAAACAGUUGAGAAAGUUCAGCUUAGUCCAACAGCAAAGCCAGGUGAUAUGAUCAUUGAAACAAGUGAAAUGGCAUGCCAGUUAUUUUUCCUAAAGCUUUAUUUGGCGAAAAAGCUACCAAUGAUGGUUGUUGGUCCAACAGGAACUGGAAAAUCGGCAGUUAUUUUAAAUCAUUUGGUAGCACUGCCAAAGGAUAAGUUUUUGGCAAAUGUUGUCAAUUUCUCUGCAAGAACUACAGCAGGUCAGACACAGGAUAUUGUAAUGUCAAAACUUGACAGGAGACGUAAGGGUGUAUAUGGGCCAUCUAUGGGGAAAAAAUGUGUACUCUUUGUGGAUGAUCUCGGUAUGCCACAGAAAGAGGUAUAUGGUGCUCAGCCUCCAAUUGAACUGCUGAGACAAUGGAUCGAUCAUCGCCACUGGUAUGACUUGAAAGAUACGACUAAGCUGGAAUUAGUUGACAUACUUUUUGUUGGAGCAAUGGGACCUCCUGGGGGUGGAUCAAAUGAAAUCACGGGACGCUUCAUAAGGCAUUUGAUGUUAAUAUCCAUUGAUUCGUUUCCCGACAAUACACUUACAAAAAUCUUUGGAGCCAUUAUUGACUGGCAUUUCAGCAAAGGAUUUGAUUCAAAUGUUACAAGAUUUGGAAAGAGUCUUGUGGAUGCUACAAUUGAAGUUUACCAUGAAGCGACAACAAAUUUUCUUCCAACUCCUACAAAAUCUCACUACACAUUUAAUUUGCGAGAUUUUUCACGAGUAAUAAGAGGUGUCCUUUUAGUUCCAAGCAGUAACAUGUCAGAAUCUGAUAAGCUCAUGCGUUUAUGGAUACACGAAACAUAUCGAGUCUUCUACGAUCGUCUGGUGGACACAGACGACAGGAAAAAGCUGUUUGGAAUUGUCAGGAAUUCACUCUACAAUAACUUCAGACAGCACAUGCACCAAGUCUGUGCAUCUCUAAUUCCAGAAGGAGAGACUGAUCUGACAGAUGAACAUUUGCGGAAUCUCUUUUUUGGUAAUUACAUGGAACCUGACGCAGACCCAAAAAUUUAUGAUGAGGUGAAAGACCUUCAACUUCUUACUAAGAAGAUGGUGUACUAUCUGGAACAGUACAACAUUAUGUCACAGACUCCAAUGCCAUUGGUACUGUUUAAGUUUGCCAUUGAGCACAUAUCAAGAGUGAGUCGAGUCUUGCAGCAGGACAGUGGUCACCUACUCCUUGUCGGUGUCGGAGGUUCCGGAAGACGAAGUGUGGGUCGCCUUGCUGCCAGCAUGGCUGAUUUUGUAUUGUUUCAGAUUGAGAUUUCUCGUACGUAUAGCAUUUCUGAGUGGAAAGAUGACCUGAGACAACUGAUGCGUAAAGCUGGGGCCUUAAGGAAACCUACAGUUUUUCUCCUUUGUGACUCACAAAUAAAGGAUGAAUCAUUCCUUGAGGAUGUCAGCAUGCUCCUCAAUACAGGGGAUGUACCUAACUUAUACUCAGCAGAAGACAAAGCUGAGAUACUUGAGCUAAUGCAGAAUGUUUCCCGUCAGUUGGGCAGGAAAGGAGAAAUGACACCACUUGCAUUGUACAAUCUUUUUAUUGAAAGUGUGAGAGCAAAUUUACAUGUCACUCUUGCAAUGUCCCCAAUUGGAGAUGCAUUCCGCAAUCGGCUAAGGAUGUUCCCUUCUCUAAUUAACUGUUGUACAAUUGACUGGUUUACUGCUUGGCCAGAGGAUGCACUAGAAAAAGUUGCUAAGAUGUUCCUCAAACAAAUGAAUCUUGGAAAAGAGAUACAGUCAGCUUGUGUUAUUAUGUGUAAACAUUUCCAUACCAGUGUUACUGACACGUCUGUGAGGUACUACGAAUCACUCAGAAGACGCAAUUAUGUUACUCCCACCUCCUAUCUUGAACUGAUUUUGACAUUUAAAAGCUUGUAUCAAGUGAAAAUGGACCAAAUUACACUGCAGCGCAAUCGAUAUGAAGUUGGUUUGGAACAGCUAGAUUUUGCUGCUGGACAGAUCUCUGUGAUGCAAGAAGAACUACAUGCACUUCAACCACAGCUAAUUGAGACAUCUGAAAAGACAGAAAAACUGAUGGUUAAAAUUGAACAGGACACUGUGGUUGUGGAAGCAAAAAAAGAGACUGUUGGUGCAGAUGAAGCAUUAGCGAAUGAAGCAGCAGCUGUUGCACAGUCAAUUAAGGAUGACUGUGAAAGUGAGCUGUCACAAGCUAUUCCUGCAUUGGAGGCUGCCUUAACUGCUUUGGACACCCUGAAGCCGGCAGAUAUUACUAUAGUGAAAUCUAUGAAAAACCCACCAGCAGGAGUUAAAUUGGUAAUGGAAGCUGUAUGCAUCAUGAAGGGUGCAAAGCCAGAGAGGAAGCCAGAUCCCUCAGGAAGUGGCCGAGUCAUUGAAGACUACUGGGGGCCUUCGCUGAAACUUCUGGCAGAUCUCAAGUUUUUGGACAGCCUUAAAGCUUAUGAUAAAGAUGAUAUUUCACCUGCAAUAAUGAAAAGAAUUCGUGAAAAAUUCAUACCAAAUAAGGAUUUCAAUCCGAAUAUUAUUAAGAAAGUUUCUACAGCUUGUGAAGGGCUGUGCAAGUGGGUGAGAGCAAUGGAAGUUUACGAUCGUGUUAUUAAGAUAGUUGCUCCCAAAAAAGCAAAACUUGCAGAAGCAGAAGCUGAAUUGGCUGUUCAAAUGGACAAACUCAAUGAAAAGAGGGCACAGUUGAAAGAGGUCACAGAUAAGCUUCAAGCUUUAAAUGAUGAGUUUACUGCCAUGGCAAAGAAGAAAAAGGAACUGGAAGAUUCCAUAGAGCUUUGCUCCCAAAAAUUAGAUCGGGCUGAAAAUUUGAUAGGUGGACUUGGUGGUGAGAAAAACAGGUGGAGUGACACUGCCAAAUAUCUUAACUCACUUCUUUCAAAUGUUGUGGGGGAUGUUCUGCUAUCAGCAGGAACUGUUGCAUACCUUGGUCCCUUCACUGUUGAUUUCAGACAGGAACUGACAGGAGAGUGGAACAAAGCCUGUACAGAACUGGGAAUACCAUGCUCACAAAACUUUUCUCUCAUUGCAACUUUGGGAGAACCAGUUGUAAUUAGAGCAUGGAAUAUAGCUGGGUUACCAGUCGAUAAUUUUUCGGUGGAUAAUGGCAUAAUAAUUAGUAAAGCAAGAAGGUGGCCACUGAUGAUUGAUCCACAAAGUCAAGCCAACAAAUGGGUUAAGAAUAUGGAACGUGCAAAUGGACUUCGUGUCAUAAAGUUCUCAGACAGUAAUUACAUGCGUGUUUUGGAAUUGGCAAUCCAGAUUGGAUCUCCAGUAAUACUAGAAAAUAUUGGUGAAGAUCUUGACCCUUCAAUUGAGCCAAUUCUUCUGAAACAAGUUUAUAGGGAAGGAGGCCUCGACUGGUUGAAACUUGGGGAAAAUACUGUUGAGUAUAAUUGGGAUUUCCGAUUUUAUAUAACAACAAGACUGCGAAAUCCUCAUUAUCUACCAGAAGUUGCUGUUAAGGUGACACUGCUGAAUUUUAUGAUCACUCCUCAAGGACUGCAAGACCAGUUAUUAGGCAUUGUUGUUGCUAAAGAAAAGCCUAUUUUGGAGGAGAAGAAAAAUGAAUUAAUAAUUGAAAGUGCUAAUAAUAAAAAACAGCUAAAGGAAACCGAGGAUAAAAUCUUAGAAGUGUUGUCUAGUUCUGAAGGGAAUAUUCUAGAAGAUGAAACUGCCAGACAGAUUUUAUCCUCCUCAAAGGCUCUCUCUGAAGAGAUUCAAGCCAAAGAAAAGGUGGCUGCAGCAACAGAAGCAGAAAUUGAUACUGCAAGGAACCAGUAUGUGCCUGUAUCCAAACAUUCUUCAGUCUUAUUUUUUUCCAUCUCUGAACUUGCAAAUAUUGAUCCAAUGUACCAGUACUCAUUGGUAUGGUUUUUAAAUCUUUAUGUCCAGUCAAUAGUGAACAGUGUUCCAUCAGAUAAUUUGGAAAUCCGCAUAGGAAAUCUAAAUAGUUACUUCACAAGCAGCAUUUACAAGAAUGUUUGCCGUUCACUAUUUGAAAAAGACAAACUGAUUUUUUCCUUAGUCCUGUGCAUAGGUAUCUUGCGAUCAAAGGGUUUGGUGUGUGAAGAAAAUUGGUCAUUUCUUCUGACAGGAGGUGUCGCAUUAGAUAAUCCAUAUGCAAAUCCUGCACCUACUUGGCUGACAGACAAGUCAUGGUCCGAGAUCGUCAGAGCGUCAUCUUUGCCAAAGCUUGAAAAUUUCAGGAGAUCUGUUGAGAGACACAAAGAACAGUGGAAGGAAAUAUAUGAUGCCGUUAAUCCACAAGAGUUGGAGCUCCCAGAACCAUUUGCAAACAUAAGUGGUCUGUAUCGGCUGGUGAUUAUCCGAUGUCUAAGGCCUGACAAAAUAGUGCCAGCUGUUCAGGCCUAUAUUGUGUCAGAAAUGGGGCAGUCAUAUAUUGAACCACCAACAUUUGACCUGCAAGGAUCAUACUAUGACUCUAACUGCUGUUCACCACUGAUAUUUAUUUUAUCACCAGGCUCAGAUCCAAUGGCUGGAUUAAUAAAGUUUGCUGAUGACAGAGGUUAUCUCAAAAAUAUGCAAUCUAUUUCUCUUGGUCAAGGGCAGGGUCCCCGUGCAGCAGCUAUGAUUAUUAAAGCUAUUAAAUCAGGAAACUGGGUUGUACUGCAAAACUGUCACUUGGCUGUUAGCUGGAUGCCAGAACUAGACAGAAUUUGUGAUGAAGUCAUUGUGCCUGACAAUACAGACAGUGACUUUCGUUUGUGGCUGACGAGCUACCCAUCACCUGACUUCCCUGUUUCUAUCCUGCAGAAUGGUGUGAAGAUGACAAAUGAAGCACCAAAAGGCCUGAGAAUGAAUCUGCUGCGGUCAUAUUCAACUGACCCCGUCUCAGAUCCUGUCUUUUUUAACAGUUGCUGUCAAGUGCGAGAAUGGCAGAAUCUGCUUUUCAGCUUAUGCUUUUUUCAUGCUCUCGUACAAGAACGUCGUAAAUUUGGGCCUCUCGGAUGGAAUAUUCCCUAUGAAUUUAAUGAGUCAGAUUUGCGAAUAAGUGUUAUGCAGUUGCAGAUGUUUUUGAAUGAUUAUAAAGAAGUACCAUAUGAAGCUCUUACAUACCUCACAGGAGAAUGUAACUAUGGAGGUCGUGUAACAGAUGACAAGGACCGAAGACUUCUGCUUUCUCUCCUUGCCAUCUACUACAAUAAAAGAGUUGUUGAGGAGCCAAUGUAUGCGUUUUCCAGCAGUGGACUCUAUUAUGUUCCACAGGACACCUCUAUUGAGGGAUGUUUGGAAUACAUACGCACUUUACCUCUCAUUACAUCACCUGAAGUUUAUGGUCUGCAUGAUAAUGCAGACAUUACUAAAGAUAACAAUGAAACAUCACAGCUAUUGCAUGGUGUGCUUCUGACUCAGACACAAAUUACUGCUGGAGGGAAGGGUGUAGACACAGAGUCAGUCAUUAUUGAGCUUGCUGAUGAUAUACUGAGUAAACUACCAGAUGUCUUUAAUGUCAGUCAGGUUGAAGAAAUGUAUCCUGUGCUUUACACAAACUCAAUGAAUACUGUUUUAAGACAGGAGGUGAUUCGUUUUAACAGACUGCUGUCUGCUGUGAAAGACUCUUUAGUAAGUGUGCAAAAGGCAGUGAAAGGACUGGUAGUUAUGUCUUCAGAACUGGAAGAAGUGCACAACAGCCUGUUGGUUGGAAGAGUACCUGCUGUUUGGGCCAGUAAAUCAUAUCCUUCAUUGAAACCCCUUGCAAGCUACAUUACUGACUUAAUUCUGAGGUUGAAAUUUUUCCAGCAUUGGAUUGACAAUGGCCCUCCAGUUGUGUUUUGGCUCUCAGGAUUAUAUUUUACUCAGUCAUUCCUUACGGGAGUGCUCCAGAAUUAUGCCAGGAAACACAGAAUACCAAUUGAUCAUUUGGCUUUUGAAUUUGAAAUUACACCUUAUGAAACCACAGCAGAUAAGGAGCCAGAUUUUGGUGUUUUUGUCAAGAGAAGAUAUAAAAUCAUCAAAUUCAGUCAUUUCGUAGAAGGGCUCUUCCUUGAAGGUGCAAGAUGGGAUAGGGAACUUCGUGUGCUCAAUGAAUCAUAUCCAAAAUUGCUGUUUGAUGUAGUUCCAAUAAUCUGGUUGAAGCCAGGAGUUAAGGCCAAUUUUAUUCCUAAACCAACAUAUACCUGCCCUAUAUACAAGACUAGUGCAAGACGAGGUGUAUUAUCAACAACUGGUCACUCUACAAACUUCGUUAUGUUCAUGGAAUUCCCCAGUGACAAGCCACCACAGCACUGGAUUAAUCGUGGAGUUGCUUGUCUCUGUCAGCUGGAUGACUGA